AUCCGAAGUGCGAAAAUUUCUGAAAUUUUUUGUGCAUGCAAAAACAUUCGCACCGCAUCGGGAUUGUCUUUUGUGUUAUAAUACGGGAUUCGUGAUCAGUUCGGCAUUAUAUUUUGUAGUCUUUCCUGUCUUGAUCACGUAACCAAAUAACAAAAGCUAAACAUGAGCGUGCCACGGCUGGCUGAAGAGAAAAUGGACGUGGACAGUGAGGAUCCGCCGGCUGUUGCCGGUAGCAGCAAUUCGGGGUCUUCUGGUACGGCCGCCGGAACGGCAGGAUCUUCUACAUCAGGUGCAUUGGUCACGCUGGCAAAAGGUGAGCAGCGAAAUGUAAUGGCCGGAAGUGCUACCGUUCCAUCGGUAAGCUGUUCUUUGCACCCGUUGGUUAUAAUGAAUAUUUCCGACCACUGGACCCGGAUUCGUGCCCAGAAGGGUUUUAAAUCCCAUCAGGCCUUGGGAGCGUUGAUUGGGAAGCAGAAGGGUCGCAACAUUGAGGUCAUGAAUUCCUUCGAGCUGAAGUUCGAUGUGGUCGAUGGUGAGGUUCACAUUCUGAUGGAUUAUUACAACGUUAAGGAGCAACAAUACAAGCAGGUGUUCAGUGAUCUCGACUUUCUCGGCUGGUACACAACGGGAGCAGCCCCAUCUGAAAAGCACAUCAACAUUCACAAGCAAAUCUGCCAGAUCAACGAGUGUCCCAUAAUGGUGCUGCUGGAUCCGACUAGUCGGAACAUGAAUCAGCUUCCCAUUUCCUUGUACGAAUCGGUUAUCGAUAUUGUUCAAGGGGACACGGUGAUGUUGUUCGUCCCACUGAGCUACACUCUGGCCACCGAGGAAGCCGAACGGAUCGGAGUGGACCAUGUGGCUCGUAUGACUACCAAUGAUUCGGAUGAAAAUUCGGUGGUGGCCGAGCAUUUGAUGGCUCAGCACAAUGCGAUCAAGAUGCUUCAUUCGCGGGUCAAAAUCGUGUUGGCCUACAUCCGAGCGGUCGAGAGUGGUCAGCUCGAAACGAACCAGGAGAUUCUGCGCGGUGCCUAUUCGCUCAGCCGUCGAUUGCCGGUCAUUCAAAAUCCGGCAUUUAAGGAAGAGUUCUAUACGCAAUCGAACGAUGUCGGUUUGAUCACCUACCUUGGAGCGCUGACGAAAGUUUCCAAUGAUAUGAACCAACUGGUUAAUAAGUUUAACGUCCUUUACGAUCGCCAAGGAAUGGGGCGACGAAUGCGGGGACUCUUCUUCUAGGCUUUCGUAACUCAACUAAGGUACAUGCUUCUGUUGUUUUUUAUUUCAUGUUUUCUUUAUUUUCCAAUGUAUUUCCUUGCUUCUGAGCAAAAGGCAUAAAAUUGAACCUCCCCAAUCAAUAUAUACGCGCUAAAUGAACCUCGG